CUCUCCAGGGGGCUUUGGUGCAUUCAGUGCUUUGAGAGCCCUGGAGCAGCAAAAUCUCUUCCUCCCCACAUGGAUAUGUCACUAAGGGCAGGCUUGAGGACAGCAGACCCAUGCAGAGGCUGGGCUGCAGGAGGGCAGCAAGUCUUGAGGGGUCUGCUGAUCCCACAUCAGCCACAAAGCCUCCUCUGCUGCUCCAGCCCCAUUUCUUCUGGGGAAGGAUCCCAACCCUUUCCAUCUGCUCACCCAUUCCCCACAUCCCUGGAAGGAAGGUCAAAGCAGAGAAGCCCAUGGAGCAGCUGUGCCCUCUGCUUCCCAGUGCCAGURAGAGCAUCUUGCAAUGCUCCCUGCACUGCAGAACAAGGGCCAGUCUGAGCAURCCAUGGAGAAUCCAUCCAUGGUGCAGUAAAUAAAUAGCUCCAGGAAAAGAACAAAKAAAAAAAAGCACAGAUUUGUGCUUGCAGGGACAGUAAACCUGGAUAUUUCAGCAGUUGUGGCAGAUAUUUCUGACUAAAAAUUGUACAUUUGAUGAUGCUCAGUCUUCAGCAUCUGACAAGGGGCUUUUAAAGCCUCUUGAACAGUAAAUCACCUCUCUUUCUAUCAAUAAUCUUAUAAUAUCAGUAGAAAUGUCAAAUGUUUAAAUCCCACUUUAUUACUAUAAUAAUGGACUUAAUUUGUAAAACAUAUAAAGUGAGGCCAUAACUGUUCUGGAGGGAGAUAUCUGUCAUUCCUCUAUAUUUAUAUAAUGGCUUUACCCACAUAUUUUGAAUGGAAGAAGGAUUAAAAGAAAUCCCACUUGCAGUAUUUCUGUGAUUGGGAAUGGAUUYUGGAAAGGAAACCAGCAUGAUCACAGAAAUGCAGCAAUUAUUAUUUUUGAAAAACCACCCCCAACUUCACAUUCGUGCAAAAUAAAUCCGUAGGUGUUCAUCUGUGACUUGCUCCAUUCAGGCCCAUUCCCUGCUGCCAAAAAAGCCUUGCUUCCAGCUGCACAAUCAKUAUUAUCACUAUGUGCUAUUUUUGGCUCCUGAGUGCAUCUCGUGUAGCGUCACCCUUCCCACGCCAGCCCUGGUAUGAAAUGCAGAAACUCUUCUUUCCACUCCUCUGUGCUCCCUUGCCGCUCCCACCGCGCGGCGCCGGCCGUCCUCGCUGCGGAGGAGGCUCUGGACACAGCUUUUCCCUGGUCCUUCUCCUUUUCCUGGGCAAGAGGCUUUCCAUCCAAAGCUUCACGUGGGAGGCUCCAUGUUGGCAUCCAGAGUACAUGUCCCAGAUAUGCCCAGCCUCACUUUCUGGUCAUAGUGCUGAGGAGCCACCGACAGAUGAYUGUAGCUAUCCUCCUUCCAUACUGAGGAAAAGGCCACCUGUGGACCAAGCUGUGGGGGAAAAGCGGAAAGCAGAGAGAAGGGUYCGAUUUCGUGAGCCAGAAGAAGUCAUUGAACAUGUCAUUUCCUGCUGUGACUACGUAGUGGAUGACAGGUCAUCAUCUGGAUUGCCUGUGCUCCUGUGGCUCUCAUUUUGUGCAGUGCUGAUCCUGGCUGUGAGUCUCUACUACACCAGCAUGAAGCAAGAUGUCAAAGUCCUGGAGGAAUUUCAAUCCCGACUUGUUAUCGUCUUUCUUCAUAUACGGCACGUUGCUCAGAGAUGCUGGACUUGGUUCAUGAGGCAAUAGCAGCGUCCUGCAGCCUGACACUGCUCARAAACAUCAGUGCAAAGCUCCCAGUCCACUGCAGCCACUGCAAGGAACAYAUGAGCAGCCACCUCAAAGAGCAAGAAAAUCACCCCUACUGGGCACCCCCCAGCAAACAUUUGUUUUCCUUUUUCCUUCUUGGUCGUUUUUUCUGGUUUUUUUUUCACGUCAAUGAACAUUCAUGCUAAUGCCUUGACGUCCCACCAAACUCAUGCUCCAUCACCCUGAGCAGCAAACAAGUAUCUGGAUUUUGUCCUCCUGCUGAUAUGAGGAGCAGAAUUAGGGAGAAAUACAUUGAUCUGGGCAGGCAGCAGAAAGCUCUGAUGAAAACCCUCGUGAGUCUCAGGUCAAGGCUUUAGAYACCAAACUAUCUUUCUGCUCAAGUCUCCCAAGAGCUAUUCUGCAAAAGUUAAAAUAAAGCUGAGCUAUUGCACAGACACUGCUCUGGUGGCCAAAGGCUUGGAAAGCUGCUAUAUUUAUACACCUGAAAUGAUUAUUAGUGAAACCUCAGCAAAUGGCUUUCUUGUUUCCCUUCAUGAUUUUUUUUCCUUCAUGGGCAAAAGCUGUUUCUUAAUGCUUCACUUCACUCCCAGGUGUGAAAAAGAUCACAGAAACUCAUUUUAACAGAAAAUAGUUUAUUUGCCUAACACAAUAAGCAGCAGCAUUGAAACCCAGGUUAAUCAUCAAAUCAGUAGUUUAAUCUCCUGGGUCUGAUUCAGAACAUAAACCCCACAAGCUGACACACAAGAUUUAUGAUAGUGCUUGUAUUCAGACAGAGGUUAUGACUGGGUGUUCAAGGCCUUAUAUCAUGGUAAUAUGGACUGUUUCUGAAGGG